AUGAGAGGCAUUUUUGAGGUUACAUGCUUCACACAACAACUUCUUGUGUUAGAACUGACCCUGAGAAGGCCUAUGAUAAUACUAGAGAAAAUACUCAAGGUCUCCCAUGGAGUAUACCAGGAGUUGCCUCAGCUAGUUUUUUAUAAGUUACGGCGCCUAAAGCGUCUCAAACUAUAUGAGAAUGAACUCACCCGCCUUCCUUACGGCGUUUUCACUGACCUCUUUGAUCUACAAGAGCUUCACCUCCAGAACAACUUUAUUGAGAGUCUUCCUACGGCUGUGUUUGGGCACCUGACGAAUCUAACCUUCCUUGAGCUGACCAGCAAUCGCAUUAAGGCCAUAGAAUAUAGAGACUUCAUUGCCUUGGGCAAUCUCCGGUCUCUCUUUCUUGGUCAGAAUACCAUCACAAGAAUAAGUAACAAAACCUUUGUGGUCACACUGGAUCUUCAAGAAUUACCAUAG